AGCGCCAUACUCCUAGAGAACGGAGAUCCUCAAUUCGUGUUCUCGCCGAGAAAUGCUCCAUGGAGAUACGAAAGUGCGGUGCUGUCAGAACAUUGGCCAUUAGACGAGCAAAGGUUUUGGCCUGGGAAGAGCUACGAUCUCAAAGGAUAUAUGGACAUCAUUGUCGCUGGCAAGGAGCAUCCUCGGUAUGGUCGGCCGAAUAUCCUUACUCUGCAAUAUCUGGACGAAGUUGCACGUAUUAACCAGUAUAUAAUUCACAAUAUUACUGUGCCAGUCGACAUUGACGGAAAGCACUACGAGGCUGCUUACACUGAUCUCUGUAUGUCGUACGAUUGGGCUUGUUACCAUAAUGAUCAUCUUACGAUGCUGAUGCCCAAAACUCGUUGGGGUAAUUUCAGUGGUCCUAUCGCUGAAUUUGCUAGCGACAUCAUCAACAAUGAGGUCAACAUUACGUAUCCUAUAGGAUGGAGAGGAUCAGAACCAAUCUACUUCGGAGCUCUCGUGGGUCGACCUCACCUAGUAGACCGAGAAGGUCACUUUGACCAUGCAAUUGCUCUUCGACUCACGUACAACGUACGAGAAGAAAAGGUAUCAAAACACAACCUCCCUCUGGUAUGUACCUACGAAACUUCGUGGUUUGCUCAAUACAUAAGUGAGGUUCAAGAUCUGGUGGAAUUUGGCGUUACUCAUAACGAAUCACUGCCGGAAGGAUUGCAAGACGUUGCAGACACCUUGACGCCUAAGUUCGUUGGGACAUGUACCAUUUUAUUCACCUUUUGCUUCAUGGUAUCAGUAGUUCUGAUCAAGCAUGGAAAUGGACUGAUUGGAAUCGACUGGGUCCGCAGUAAACCUAUUGUUGCAUGUGCAGGUAUACUGUGUCCUCUACUAGCAGUUACAACUUCUUUCGGAUUGCUGCUUUGGUGUGGCGAGCUCUACAAUGCAAUUGUUAAUGUGUCGCCAUUCCUCGUUCUCUGUAUUGGUAUUGACGACCUCUUUGUCAUGUCGGCGGAAUGGCAUCGAACAAACCCAGAUCAUUCACCAGCUCGUCGCAUUGCUGAUACUCUUUCGGAAGCUGCUGUUGCCAUCACAAUCACAUCUAUCACUGAUAUUAUGACAUUUGGCAUUGGCAUCCUCACAACACUUCCCGGUGUGCGAAUGUUCUGUCUCUACACCUGCGUUCAGGUUACCUUCACCUACAUUUAUCAGAUCACAUUCUUCUCACCAGUUUUGGCUUAUGCCGCUGAAAUGGAAAAUAACGGUACUCAUGCUUUGUUAUUGAAGAAAGCCAUAGAACCGAAUGAAACAGAGUCAAAGUGGAAACUAUUCUUCAUGGCCGGUUCGGUGUCCCGAAAAUCACUGCAAAGUAAUAGAGCACCGAUGGCGGAGAAAAUUCCAGGUGGGCAUUGCUCAGCUUCAGAUGAAAGGAUUAUACUUUUACAGCAUUCUGAGCAGGUGCCGCAUGAAGAAACAUUCGUGAAUAAGUUGUUCCGCGAGAUAAUCGGUCCUUUUCUUCUCGAGCGCAGCACGCAGGUAUGCGCUGUUUUACUCUAUAUCCUCUAUAUUACGCUGGCAAUUAUGGGCUGUCUGAGUAUCAAAGAGGGUCUUGACCCACGGUUUCUCGUGAGAGAAUCUUUUUAUCUCAGCAAUUUCUACAAAUUGAUCUACGAAACAUUCUGGUACGAGGGUAAGUUCUUUACUACAAUUUUGGUUCAUUUGAAUGUAGCAGCAGGAAUGUCAGUUCUGUGGGUGUCGGCGAAGAAAAAUGAUUCGCCUCAGUUAUCUAACGUUGUACAAUCCUUCGGUGUAAUUGGGCCCGUGGAUGGGAGAGAAGGUUAA